AUGGUCGCGCGAUUCCGUCCGCUGGGCGUCCAGAUGUACGGCAAACAACGGACGACCCCUGAUUACUUCUUCGAAGAAGGCCCGCAGAGCGAAGAAGGCAAAGAAUUCGAGUCUCUGGUCUGGGGUGAGACCCUGAGUCUUGGACCGCUCGCUAGAAACCCACAAGGUGGUAGCUAUUUGCAUCCCUACGUUCUGGCCAUCUCCUGGCCUUGGAGUCACAAGUACCCAUUCUUGCAGCACCCUGGGGUCGAUAGGUCGGAGUAUGCGCCGUAUGCAAGCGGAGGUUACGAGGGCUAUUUGUUGAACCCACCUGCUCCCGUGUACGAGCAGUGGAGGCCCGUCGAGGUGGAGUAUUACGAACGUUUCUUGCAAGAGGCAUGGUGGCAAGGCCAGUUCCAAAGGUUUGGUCACCAGGCAUUGAGGCUCAACCCGCCGUUCAACGCUCUGAUGGUCUUGCCGGACGAUUAUGAGUUUUUCAGAGACGAGGCAACGACAGGGUUGUACGAACUGAGGCAGUUCCCCCUGGCCCAGUGGCUAUGGCAUGGGACAGAGGGUCUUGUCAUCGGAAACCUCACAGCAGCCCGGCUCAAGUUCGAGGCCAGGACGUGGGGGAGAACAUAUGCAAAGAUAGACACCCAGGUGGACAAGUGCCUGGCCGACAUUGGGGAUUUGGGCAACGCGCUAGAAGGCUGGCUCGGAGACAGCAUGGCCGGAAGGCUCACGGCCGAUGCCCAGGCGACAAUAACGGCUGCGUUUGACCGAGCUGCCACCACCAUUGUUAGCGACGAUCUCAUGGUCGUUGAGCGGCUUUUCAGAUACUCCAUACAAUACGCCCAGGCGCUUAUCGCAAUGUAUUCCCUCCUCCCAACGGAAAAGGAAAGAAGAACCGUGCACCGGCGGUACAUGACGCCCCUCAGGAACCACCUGAACUCGGUGCGCAACAAACUUGGCACGCUCACACAGAGGCUCGACGUCUUCGCCGCCGCCGCCGCCAGGGUCGACGGCCAGAACCCCCUGGCCGCGCUGCUCCAGGGCUUCCGGGGCUACAUCGUCGAGUUCCUGCAGGUCGCGCGCGUCGUCAACGCCGGCCUCGAGCACGUCAUCGGGCUGCUGGCGGACGAGUUCAUCGCGCCCGGCCUCGACUACGCGCGCCACCCGGAGACCCUGCCGGCCGUGCCCGAGGCGAGGAAGCGCCUGACCAUGUCCGCGAGCCUGAAGAAGGCCGCGCUGCGCAAGGUGCAGAAUCUGAGGGGAGACGCGCGGGAUCGCGUUAGGUAUUACGUCAGCAGGUGGACGGAGAUCGUUAUGCGAAAGCAGACUGAGCAGCGGAAUGCUGCCGCCAAGGUGGAUGCUGCCACCGAGGUGGAUGCUGCUGCCAUGGAAGUAGACCCCUGA